AUGAGCGACCGACCUCCUCCUCGCAAGAGAUCUCGCUUUUUCAGCAAUGGCAAAAGCAAGAUAGGCAAUAUCCUCCACCCCUUCAAGAAGUUGUCACAGAGAGAUGAUCCAAAUGAGCACGAUGAUGCUUCACCCGGUACCGGCGCAGCCGACAGUGCCUUGCCCUCUAGCAAUAAUCCUCCCGACUCGUCCCUACAUUUCUCACCACCACAAACCACCGCGUCCAUUGACCCAUCUGUUGCUGCAAGCCAGUCACCAUCUGCCAGCCAUGUAACCAAUACAAACAACCAACUGAACACCGAGACUCGUCGCAACCCACACAAGCGCCGUCGCCCUCCACAGCAGCAGGUCUCCGACAGUGAAGCAGAAACAGACGUUGAAGAGCGCAACGGUGACAGACAAGACCAAACUUGGGAUGAGAGUGAUACUGAAAAUGCCGACCCUGAUAGAUCCAACCAGACAACCCCAGCGGUGGAUGGAUUGGCUGUCAGAGACCGGCGGAGAGAAGGAAUCUACGGCGUCGAAUCUCUCCUAGCUCAAAGCACCAACACCACUGGACAACCGACGAACACUAGCGCUUCAGACCAGGCCGGAACUGCUUCCCAGGGCUCAGGCUCAGGGCCAGAGUCAUCCUCAAAUGCAAAUACAGGCACAAAUGCAGAUUCAGACUCCGGCCCAAUCGCUAUACAGCACACCUUCACUGGCGUGUCGUCCCUUGUCCAACUCGCGGCAAAUCUGGGCCAGAUUCCUGCUGGGCAUCCUCUUCUUCGGCCAGCUUUCGAACCAUUCACGACCACUCGUCUGACAGCUCGGCCGAUGCCCAAUGAGCCAAACGUCCCCACCUCUUGGAACGCCGAACAACCGCCUUCCGGACGUGGUCAGGGUCAAUUGACACGAAACACUUUACGCAUCGACGGCGGCGUGUCCAACUCAUCUGGACCAUCCAACCCGAGCCGUCUGCUUCCAGCAGCGCUCCCAACCGGUGGAAUAGCACCUUACGUUGACAUCGACCGCGACGCCAGAGGCCGACGGCUAGCUCGACCGCCGGCGCUCACCAACGCCGCCCUCUUCUACAACGGCCAGUUGCCUCCAGAGUACGCAAAUUCUCUAGGCAUUCCUCCACCGAUCGUGACUCCAGCCGUGCAUCUAGCGAAUCCCGAAUCUCUUGUCCCUGAACACAUGUACAUGGCGCCGAAUCGAGUCGAGCGGGCGCAGCACUACGCACGAAUCUCACUGAAACGCAAACGACCCGAAGCCAUCCUCCCACCACCGUCAUACAUCUAUCAGCGCACCAACAAGCCAGACUUCAACGUAUUCGACGGAAUAUUGCUCUAUCCGGAACUGGUGUUCGCUCUAGCCAGCGCCCUGCCAGUCAAAGACCUGAUCAGUCUGUACGCAAUCAGCAAGGACUUCCACACGAUCCUGGACACACGAUUCACCACAGUCGUGCUUAACCAGGCAAUCACCAAAGCACCCGAGUCUGCACGCACAUUCUCCUUCCGGUCGUACGCCUACCUGUGCCGCCAAGAUCCCGUUGCACGCAUUCCACAUCCGAACGCGCGCAUGGCGGAGCGUAAGGUCCCACGCAAGGUCCCGUCCUUCCGCUGGCUCAAGAUGGUCCUGCACCGCGAGAAGGUCGUGCACGAGCUGAUGGCGGUCUUUGCCGAAGACGGCAUCCCACUCCCCUUCCGCUGCGGCCUAGCCAUCAAGCGCCUCUGGUUCAUGCUGGACAUUCCCGACAACGCUCGACGCAUCGGAUACUGUCACAACAAGCGGCUCAUGAGCGACCUGGACCUAUUUUUCGCAGCAUGCUUCUUCACGAAACUCGACCUGCGCCUGAACGACCCAACCGCGGGCGAGAAACGCGACGGCAUGCGCAAGCUGCUCCUGUCUCAGCGCAGCUUCACCACCAUCCUCAAAGUCCUCAAGCGCGAGAUCUGGACCACCCGCUUCGCCGCGCUGCAGGAGUGGGUCAAGCUCAAGUACCAGCCUCUGCCGGAUGAACGGAGCCUCCCUAUCUUCGGCAUCCCAUCCCACCAGGUCGGCAGGGGCCGUCUGGAAUACUGGGGCUUACGCACCGCAGAGCAGAUCGGUCGAGAACCCGAGAAUCUGCUGCGCCCAGACCAGUUGAUUGUCCGCGAGGCUUUCCGCCGCGGCAUCCCCUUCGGAGAAGACUACAUCCGCUUCGUCCUGUACGGGUACGUCGAUCCAGAGACGCUGGAGAACUGUGCUCCGCGCAACUACGGGCGGAGAAUCGAGUCGAUCAAGGACGACGAGUACGACAUCGACGAUGCGAUCGGCGGGGUUGCGGCGUUGGGCGUCGGCGAUGAAGGCUUUGAUGAUCUCCUUGAUCUAGGUCCGCCGCGCCAGGGGAGCAUCUACACCAUUGUGGCAGACGAGACAAGCAAGGCUGAAAAGGACCUGCGAGCCAAGGAAGACCGCUUUCUGAAGAAUUGUCUGGAAUGGUGGAAGGAGGAGACGAAGGAGGAGAUGAAUCGACAGGACGAUUCGAAGCGACCAAACGUCGAUGGAUGA